AAAAAACCUGUACAUAAGUGUUAAUUAAUAAGAAAUAUCGUGAUGCAACAACCAAGCAAAACUAUUAAUCCAAAGUAACCAGUUAACUCCAUGUAAGCAUAAUCUUAACGCUGAGCUAAAUUACUAGCCGCUUGACCUUUCAUUCUUGCAUAUCAAUCCGUCUCGUUCACACACUGGUUAACAAUGACAGUACCUUCUCACAACUCAGUCAGACCAGUACUAUAAACAAAGUUAGCAAAAAUGCUUAAAGAAUUUAUCCUCGUGGUGACUUUACUAGCUUUAGUUCAAAGCAGUAGUGUAUACGUUGGCCAUGUGUAUGACCAAACAGGUCUCGUUCGCAAGGUCUAUGACAAAAUGAUUGAGUCUACUGCCAUACCUCUGAUCAAGAGAGAAGAAGAGGUAUACUUCGAGUACCCAGCAGGUGACCAGAAGAUUAAAGGCAUAGCUAUCAAGGAUCUACACGACGGGAAGGCCGAGGCUUCCAUAACUAGAGGAGGACUGGGCUUUGGUUUUGUGAAUAUAAAACUAAAAAGUGAACGUGGAUCCGGACUCAAGUAUUUGAUAGAAAUAUUUGCACACCAUCCAGAUCUAUAUAAAAGAACUCCAACUAAUUAUCACUUCAGUGCUAAACGAACGAACAAAAUGAGAACGUCAAGUAUCGCCAUACUCCUUUGCCUCAUCGGGGCAGCUUGCUCCCAAAGCCACGACCUGGUCAUCGGCCAGGCACAAUACGGUGACGUCAUCGUCUACAAAGCCGACGAAGUCAGAUAUGGCUUCCCUUUCAUUGUCAGACAGAGCAUCCUUGAGUACCCUGAACAGGGGCAGAAGAACUACGCGUAUAUCAAAGCUAUUUACAUCAAGGAUAAUGACCGUGAUGGGACUGGUGGCUACCCAAGCAUUUCUGCCGGAGGUGUGGGCCAAAGGUUCGUGAAAAUCAAGUUGAAGAGCCAGAGAGGGAGUGGUCUAAACUUCACGGUCACCAUCUAUGGAAGAUACGUUUAAAUUUUUGAAUCUGGAACGAAGUGUGACGUCGUUGUUUUAUUUUUUAAAAAGGUUUAAUUCAUAGAGGUUCACUUCUUAUAUUCUUUUUUUAAAGAUUAAGUGUUCGUCUUGAAACUUGUAAAAAUUUAGUGAUUUAUUUUAAAAAAACGUGAUUUUAACUGUAAAUGUAUAUUUUGGUGUUAUAUUUACAUAUUAGAAUAUUUUAAAGCUGUAAAAAAAUUAUAAAUUCUAGCGCACAAAAGUGUUUUUACUAGUCGAUUUUUACGCGGGAAAUGAGGCAAGGAAUGUAAUAUUUUUAUUUUAUUAAAUUAAUAACUGAUCAGUAUUAACUAUAAUUGUUAACUAUUACUAUAAUCCUGUAAAUUAUUAUUAUUAAAGUGCACAUUAAUAAUAAAAUGUAUUUUUCUUU